AGCAGUCUUUGGGGGACGUUGGGUGAGCCCAUUCCUGGGGCGCGGGGGAACUGAGCUGGGCCUCUUCGGCGGUGGGCGGAGCCUGGGCCUGGGAGGGGAACUGGGUCCUGAACACCAGCCUCGAGGCGGGGGUCGGUGGGAGUUUGGGUAGCAUUGCACCAAUCUUCCACCUUUUCGCGCAUAGGUUCCAUCCAGCCCUCUAUUGGUGCAGGUCUGUCUGCUAUCCACUAUGCCGCUGCCUGUUGCGUUGCAAACCCGCUUGGCCAAGAGAGGCAUUCUCAAACAUCUGGAGCCCGAACCAGAGGAAGAAAUCAUUGCCGAGGACUACGAUGAUGACCCUGUGGACUAUGAGGCCACCCGGUUGGAGGGCCUGCCACCUAGCUGGUACAAGGUGUUUGACCCUUCCUGUGGGCUCCCUUACUACUGGAAUGUGGACACAGAUCUUGUGUCCUGGCUUUCCCCACACGACCCCAACUCCGUCGUUACCAAAUCCGCCAAGAAGCUCAGGACCAGUAAUGCAGAUGCUGAGGAGAAGUUGGACCGGGGCCACGAGAAGUCGGACCGGGGCCACGAGAAGUCGGACCGGGGCCAUGAGAAGUUGGACCGGGGCCACGAGAAGUCGGACCGGGGCCACGAGAAGUCGGACAGAGACCGAGAGCGUGGUUAUGACAAAGUGGACAGAGAGAGAGAGCGCGACAGGGAUCGGGAUCGGGACCGUGGGUAUGACAAGUCGGACCGGGAAGAGAGCAAAGAACGGCGCCAUCAUCGCCGGGAGGAGCUGGCUCCCUACCCGAAGAGCAAGAAGGUGGCAAGCCGGAAGGAUGAAGAGUUAGACCCCAUGGACCCCAGCUCAUACUCAGAUGCACCCCGGGGCACAUGGUCAACAGGACUCCCCAAGCGGAAUGAGGCCAAGACAGGCGCAGACACGACAGCAGCGGGGCCCCUCUUCCAGCAGCGCCCCUACCCAUCCCCGGGGGCUGUGCUCCGGGCCAACGCUGAGGCCUCCCGAACCAAACAACAAGACUGAGCCUCCCUGCCACCCCACUGCCACCAGGGGUUUUUAAUAAAAGCUUUUCAUUGGAUCGUGCC